UGCGCGGUAAUGUGAACAUUCAUUUCUGGAGUAUCGUUGGUGCUACGGAGAUUUUGUGUUCAGAACUCAGGUGAUUGAAGUCGAUCAAGGAUGAAAUCAAUUAUUACCCUGCUGAUGGUCAUUGCCGUCGUAUUCUCGACGACGAUCAUGGCAGAGGAUGAUGAAUACAUUCACCUGCCAGGGAAAAACUGUGAAGACGCACCGUCUUGUCCCGAUGGCAGACCCUGUGAGAUGGCACUACCUCAUUGUAACAGUGGCACUUGUGGCACGGAUCCGGUACCGACAUGUGGGCCAAAACCCUCAAAAUCCUAAACUCAUGAGCCCGAAGGGAGAACUUAUGCCGUAUCUUCAGUUCUCUAUGUUGUAUUCUUCCGCUUCUUGUGAUUAAUAAAAAAUGUUGAAAA